AUGAUAUCAUCGCCCUCGCCGAAGCGAGCGGCCACACCCUUGAGGCAGACGAAAUUAACCCCUGCCGCUACCAAAGCCCCGUCGCCCCCCCUCGCCGCGGGUCGUAUCGAAGGACACUUCCCCGACAUCCCCACCCUCACCGCCCAUACCAAUCAACUCCAAAAUCAAUGCGACCUCCUUCUCGUCGAAGGAGCUGGCGGAUGGCACGUCCCCCUCACUAAAACAGAAAAUCUCGCCGACCUUGCCAAAGCCAUCGACCUCCCCAUCCUCCUCGUCGUCAACAACCGCCUCGGUGCCCUCAACCAUACCCUUCUCACCCUCGAAGCCAUCCAAAAUUCUGGCCAAAUUUGCCUCGGCAUCAUCCUCAACCACCUCGAAGAAGAACGCGACCUUGCCACCGUCACCAACCCCACCCUCUUGCGCGAACUCACUGACGUCCCGAUCCUCGCCGAAGUCCUCACCACAGGUGAAUUCAUCGACUGGCUGGAUCCUACCUACGCUCCUUAA